AUGUUAAGAUUAUUGAAAAACGUUCAAUUAUCACGGUAUUUAUCAACUGCUGCUAGAGCGCAACCAGAGAGGAAUCCUGCAAUACUUUACACAGGAGUAAGUAUUGUCUCUUAUCGAGUCUCAUAUUUACAUCUCGAGAAAUAUAUGUAAGUACAUAUGUACACGUAUUGUUCAAUUUUUGAAAACUUUUAUGUACUUUUUUUUACUUGUAACAGUCGAUGAUCAUUGUCUAUUUGAACGAAUGUUCGUCACAGGUUUAACGAGUUUAUUCAAAUGUUCCGAGGUCUGUUGUGAAGGUCAAAGGCAGAAGAUUUGUUUUGGAAUCAGUUUUAAAAUUGAACGAAGAUAGAUUUAAUCGAGGCACACGAAUACACAUUCUUCGUUAUAUCUCUUUACUUAUAUAUAAUAUUUAUAUAUAAUUAUUCAGAAAUUAGAUAGCUUUGUUAAUUAUUAUUUUGCGUGCAUAAUUCAAGCAAAUAUAAAAACAUCGUGCAAUUCAUUACGAUAGUUGAUCAUUGAUAAUUUAUGUCAAUUAUUCACUAGCACGUUUGGAAUUUUUACUUUCUUGGAAGUUUGAUUACUUAUCUAUGUCACGUUGUGUAUACCACAUUUUUUUAAAUACAUUGAUACGAUGUUUUUUUGUAUAUGUUUGCACAAUCGGUUUAUGCCUCCAUAAUUUAUCUUGGUCGAUCAUCAUAUGAUCAACACGUUCAUAAUUAAUAUUUGUUGUAAGAAAAGCUAAUAUAUUUUGAACGUAUAAAAUGAAUAUAUUAUAGCUCUAUUUUAAUAAAAUUAUAACAUGAUUUAUAAAAUCAGAUUAGACUUAUUUAUCUUUAUAAAUAUCAUAUUUAAAAUUAGAAAAUGCUAAAUAACUUAUGGAUUUCUAUGAGAGUGACGGCAUUACCGCAGCACUCCCAAUUUUUCUCGAUGUAUAAAUAUAUUUGCUUGUACAAUCCUAUACAAUUAUUUUGCAAAAAAAAAAAAAAAUCCACUGUAUUUACAGUGUGUACGUAUAUAAGCCACUGGACAAAAAUCUUUGAAAUAUCAUUUCCAUUUUUUUCCAUUUCUUCGUAUGAAGAGUAAUUUGCAUUGCUAAAUCACAUAUGUUUUUUUAAAAUAACGUUAUCCACAUCUCUACGACGUGUUAUUUUAUGGAAAUUUAUUCGUGUGACAUUAUAAUUGCAGAUUUUCAUCGACAAUGAAUGGCACCGAUCGAAAUCUGGGAAAACGUUUCCUACGGUAAACCCUGCAACUGGCGAAACGAUCGCGGAAGUCCAGGAAGGUGGUGCCGCGGACAUCGAUGCAGCCGUCCAAGCAGCCAACAAAGCAUUUAAAUUUGGCUCGCCAUGGAGAACCAUGGACGCUUCGCAACGUGGUAGACUAUUGAACAGAUUGGCCGAUUUAAUAGAACAGAAUCACACUUAUCUCGCUUCUUUAGAAACGCUAGACAAUGGGAAACCUUAUUCGUCGGCUUACGAGUUCGACGUGUCUCAAAGUAUAGCGACACUGCGAUAUUACGCAGGAUGGGCCGAUAAGAAUCAUGGCCAAGUUAUUCCCAUCGAUGGAAAAUAUCUGGCAUACACCCGUCACGAGCCAGUUGGCGUUUGCGGUCAGAUUAUUCCAUGGAAUUUCCCCCUUCUUAUGAUGGCUUGGAAGUUGGGACCUGCUCUGGCUACCGGAAAUGUUAUCGUAUUGAAACCGGCUGAGCAAACGGCUUUAACAGCUCUGUACGUAGCUCAAUUGUCCAAAGAUGCUGGAUUUCCUGAAGGAGUGAUCAAUGUCGUCCCCGGUGAUGGUAAAACAGGUGCUGCGCUGGUCGCCCAUGAUUUAGUCGAUAAAAUAGCGUUUACCGGUUCCACCGAGGUUGGAAAGCUGAUAAAACAAGGCGCCGCGAUGAGCAAUUUGAAGAGGACCACGUUGGAACUUGGCGGAAAAUCUCCAAAUAUAAUCCUGCGUGACGCGGAUCUUGAUCAUGCUGUGGAAACAGCUCACUUCGCAUUGUUUUACAACAUGGGUCAGUGUUGCUGCGCCGGUUCGAGAACUUUCGUUGACGACAGCAUUUAUGACGAGUUUGUGCAGCGAAGUGCAGCACGCGCAAAAUCCAGAGUAGUUGGCGAUCCGUUUAAUGAAAAUGUAGAACAAGGUCCACAGAUCGACGAGGAACAAACGAACAAAAUCAUAUCCAUGAUCGAAUUGGGCAAAAAUCAAGGAGCGCAAUUGCUUGCCGGUGGUACGAAGGUGGGUGACAAAGGUUACUUUGUUGCACCCACGGUAUUUGCCAAUGUUGAGGAUCAUAUGACUAUUGCUAGGGAGGAGAUCUUCGGACCAGUUCAACAAAUCCUGAAAUUUAGUAGUUUAAACGAAGUUAUUGCACGUGCUAAUGCUACUGAUUACGGAUUGGCAGCAGCAGUGUUUACGAAAGAUAUCGAUAAGGCAAAUUAUGUUAUACAAAGACUUCGUGCUGGCACCGUAUGGGUUAACACAUACAACGUUCUAACACCUCAAACACCAUUUGGCGGUUUCAAAAUGUCAGGACACGGAAGAGAACUCGGACAAUACGGCCUUGAAGCGUAUACUGAAGUAAAAAGCGUUAUAACGAAAAUCAAUGAAAAGAAUAGUUAG